AUGACGUCUCGGGGGCCCGGCCGGGCGUCGCGGACUCCGGAGAUGGAGGAAAAGGAGCAAUUACGGCGACAGAUCCGUCUCCUGCAGGGUCUGAUCGAUGACUACAAAAACCUCCAUGGCAACGCCCCUGCCCCAGGCACGUCGGCCGCUGCCCGCUGGCAGCCACCUGCUUACAACAGCAGCAGGGCCUUCGGUGCCAGCUACCCUCGUCCCGGCCGGAGGGGCUUCUCCCUGAGCCAUGGGCCUGCAUGGCGCAAGAAAUACUCCCUGGUGAACCGGCCCCCAGGAGCCUCAGACCCGCCCGGUGACUGUGCCGCACAGCCACCUCUCAGGGCUGGGGGCAGCCGGGGUCCUGACCCCGCGCAGUAUGUCCUGGAGAGGCAGGUCCAGCUGAGUCCAGAUCAGAACAUGGUUAUCAAAAUCAAGCCACCAUCAAAACCGGGCUCAGCUAGCGCUGCAGGGGUCUCUCGGGGUUCCUUGGAAGGAGGUGAGGACCCCUCCUGGAGCCACCACAGGCCUCAGGAGGGCGAGGGCGAGCCCCCUGGUGGGCAGCAGCAACCCUCAAGGCCGGGAAGAGCCAAGGGGAGCUGCAGUACAGAGGACCCCCUUCUGGUCUGCCAGAAGGAGCCUGGCAAGCCUCGGGUGGUAAAGUCUGUGAGCAGCGUGAGUGACAGCCCCUCUGAGCCCCGGCGGACUGUCAGCGAGAGUGCGGUUGCGGCCAAGGCACGCUUCCUGUCCCCCACCCUGCCCCAGCGCAGUGGCGCGGCUCCGGGCCGGAAGGUGGGCUCACACUCUGUGGCCAGCUGUGUCGCCCAGCACCUUGGAGAUGGGAGAGUGAAUGCUGGCCACCCAGAUCAGCCGGCUUCCUCGGGCUCGGUGGCAGGCCCAGCCAGAGCAGCUUCUGGACCCAGGCAGGCCCGGGAGGCCUCACUGCUCGUGUCCUGUCGAACCAGCAAGUUCCGGAAGAACAACUACAAGUGGGUGGCUGCUUCAGCCAAGAGCCCCCGGGCCACUCGCAGGGCCCUCAGUCCCAGAGCAGCCUCGGAGACCGUGUGCAGGGCCCCCUUUGGCACAGCAGCACAGGGGGAGAAGCCACAGCUCAGAGCUGAUCCGGAUGCCAAGCCCAGGAGGUCGUCCGCGUCCUCCACGCUCGGGGCCUCCCCCAGCAAAUACAAGUGGAAGGCGUCCAGCCCCUCGGCCUCCUCAUCCUCCUCCUUUCGUUGGCAGUCGGAAGCUGGCAGCAAGGACCAUGCCUCCCAGCUCCCAUCUAGGCUCCCCCCAGGGGACAGACCGGCAGUGGGACCCAGUGGCUUGAAGCCCCUCUUCAGUGAGACCCCACUCUCGGCUUACAAAGUGAAGAGCCGCACCAAGAUCAUCCGGAGGCGGGGCGGCGCUAGCCUUCCCUGCGACAAGAAGAAUGGCGCCCCGCCUGCCGCCACCGCCAAGAGCCAGCUGAGCCUGCGGCGGAGGCAGGCCCCCCGGGGGAAGAGCAGCCCCGUCCUGAAGAAGAACCCCAACAAGGGCCUGGCACAGGUCACCAGGCACCGGCUGUGCUGCCUGCCUCCUGGCCGGGCCCACCCCCCCACCAAGGAAGCGUCCAGCGUGCACACCCUGCGGACGCCUCCCACCGGCAAAGUGAUCAAGACCCGCUACCGCAUUGUCAAGAAGACGCCCGUGUCUCCUCUCAGCGCCCCCCAGUCUCCCCUGUCCCUGCCCUCUUGGCGGUCACGGCGGCUCUCGCUGUCCAGGUCUCUGGUGCUGAAUCGCCUGCGCCCCACCACCGGGGGUGGGAAAGCACAGGCCAGCCCCCCUCGGUGGAGGAACAAAGGCUACCGCUGCAUCGGAGGGGUCCUUUACAAGGUGUCGGCCAACAAGCUCUCCAAGACCUCCGGCCGGCCUGGCGGCGAUGGCGCCACCAGGCCCCUCCCGCGCACAGGCCGGUUGGACCCUGCCAGCAGCUGCAGCCGCUCCCUGGCCAGCCGGGCCGUGCAACGCAGCCUGGCCAUCGUCCGGCAGGCAAGGCAGCGGCGGCGGAAGCAGCAGCAGGAAUACUGCAUGUACUACAACCGCUUCGGCAGGUGCAACCACGGCGAGCACUGUCCCUACAUCCACGACCCCGACAAGGUGGCCGUGUGCACCAGGUUUCUCCGGGGCACGUGCAAGAAGACGGACGGGACGUGCCCCUUCUCCCACCACGUGUCCAAGGAGAAGAUGCCCGUGUGCUCGUACUUCCUGAAGGGGAUCUGCAGUAACAGCGACUGUCCGUACAGCCACGUCUACGUGUCCCGGAAGGCGGAGGUCUGCACGGACUUUCUCAAAGGCUACUGCCCACUGGGCGCAAAGAAGGAGCCCCUCGUCAUCUCUGUGGCCCGGGCCUGCCAGGGCAGCCGUGCCCUGGGCUGGGAACCCCAGGACGGGCCUCUCUGGCCCCUGGUGCCCCGAGAGGGAGCCUCCUCGCCAUGCAAGAAGAAGCACACGCUGCUGUGCCCCGACUUCUCUCGCAGGGGCGUCUGCCCCCGGGGCGCCCAGUGCCAGCUGCUCCACCGCAACCAGAAGCGCCCUGGCCGGCGGGCGGCCUCAGCCCCGGCCCCGGAGCCCAGCAGCGCGUCACCCAAGAGCAAGGCCGCCUCCAGCCACGGACCCAGUCGCUGCUGCCCCGGUGGCCUCGGCCUGGAGCACCCACCAGGUGGCGGUGAGGAUCGGAGUGGGGGGGCUCCUGCUCUCCGCCAGUCCCCGUCUGUGAGCUGUGCCAGCCCCAGAGAGUCCCUGCUCCUGCGCCGGGCGAGGGGGCAGUUCCUUGGACCUGAGUGCCCGCUGGUCACUGCCCGCACCAAGCCGGACAAAGGACUGCCCGGGUGCGGCGGGGCAUGCGGCCUCCCUCUCGGAGAUCCGCCCCACGAGGGCCGCCUGCCCCCCGGCCCUGUGCCCCUCACUCUGGCUGUCCUGCCGCUUGCUGGUGGCCGGGGCAGAGAUGGCUGUCGGGGGGAGCCCUGGAGUCCUGUGGCCAGUGGUGGCACGGGCCGAGAUCUCUGGGCCGCCUUCCUGAUGGAAGAUGCCCCCGGGGCCAUACAGCAGGUGGGAGGGCGGGCCCGGGUCCUCAGGGACUCGGCCCCCAGCCCCGGCUGUGAGUGCCCUCCCGGUCCUGAGGGGGGAGCAGCAAGCUUGGAGGCUGCUUGCUACCUGAGCAGCAAAGGCCAGCACCUUCCCCGGGCUGAGGAGCCCAUCACGCCCAUUCUGCGCGGCACCUGCAGGCCAGAGCCCAGCGAGCCCUCCCUGGAGGACGAUGGGAGCAAGAGGAAGGGGUGA